CCAAUGAAGAGGUGCGGCAGGAUGGAGGGGUGAAGUCUGGCAGCGCAGUUCUUCAAGGGAGUCACGGGGAGUAGAGGCACGGGGAGGCGGAGAAGAGGCUGCCGAGAACCAUGGCGGCGGUAGUGGCGGCGGCCGCAGUGCGGGCUCGGAUCCUGCAGGUUUCUUCCAAGGUGAACUCCACUUGGUAUCCAGCAUCCUCCUUCUCUUCUUCUUCAGUGCCAACUGUAAAGCUCUUCAUUGAUGGGAAAUUUGUUGAAUCCAAAAGUGACAAAUGGAUUGACAUCCACAACCCAGCCACCAACGAGGUCAUUGGUCGGGUCCCUCAGGCCACCAAGGCUGAAAUGGAUGCAGCUGUUGCUUCCUGCAAACGCGCUUUUCCUACAUGGGCAGACACUUCAGUAUUAAGCCGUCAGCAGGUCCUGCUUCGCUAUCAACAACUUAUUAAAGAAAACUUGAAAGAAAUUGCCAGGUUAAUCACUCUGGAGCAAGGGAAGACCCUAGCUGAUGCUGAAGGAGAUGUAUUUCGAGGCCUUCAGGUGGUUGAGCAUGCCUGUAGUGUGACAUCCCUCAUGCUGGGAGAGACCAUGCCAUCCAUCACCAAAGACAUGGACCUUUAUUCCUACCGUCUGCCUCUAGGGGUGUGUGCAGGCAUUGCUCCAUUCAAUUUUCCUGCCAUGAUCCCCCUUUGGAUGUUUCCCAUGGCCAUGGUAUGUGGAAAUACCUUCCUAAUGAAACCAUCAGAGCGAGUCCCUGGAGCAACUAUGCUUCUUGCUAAGUUGCUCCAGGACUCUGGUGCCCCUGAUGGAACACUGAACAUCAUCCAUGGACAACAUGAAGCUGUAAACUUCAUUUGUGAUCAUCCGGAUAUCAGAGCAAUCAGCUUUGUGGGAUCCAACCAGGCAGGAGAGUACAUCUUCGAGAGAGGGUCAAGACAUGGCAAGAGAGUUCAAGCUAAUAUGGGAGCCAAGAACCAUGGGGUAGUCAUGCCAGAUGCCAAUAAGGAAAAUACCCUGAACCAGUUGGUUGGGGCAGCAUUUGGAGCUGCUGGUCAGCGCUGCAUGGCUCUUUCAACAGCAAUCCUUGUGGGAGAAGCUAAGAAGUGGCUGCCAGAGCUGGUGGAGCGUGCCAAAAACCUGAGAGUCAAUGCAGGAGACCAGCCUGGAGCUGAUCUUGGCCCUCUGAUCACCCCCCAGGCCAAAGAGCGAGUCUGUAAUCUGAUCGAUAGCGGAACAAAGGAGGGAGCCUCCAUCCUUCUUGAUGGUAGAAAAAUUAAAGUCAAAGGCUAUGAAAAUGGCAACUUUGUUGGACCAACCAUCAUCUCAAAUGUCAAGCCAAAUAUGACCUGUUAUAAAGAGGAGAUUUUUGGUCCAGUUCUUGUGGUCCUGGAGACAGACACCUUGGAUGAAGCUAUCAAGAUUGUAAAUGAUAACCCAUAUGGAAAUGGAACUGCCAUCUUUACCACCAAUGGAGCCACUGCUCGGAAAUAUUCCCACUUGGUGGAUGUUGGACAGGUGGGUGUGAAUGUCCCCAUUCCAGUGCCUUUACCAAUGUUCUCAUUCACUGGCUCUCGCUCUUCCUUCAGGGGAGACACCAAUUUCUAUGGCAAACAGGGCAUCCAGUUCUACACUCAACUAAAGACCAUCACUUCUCAGUGGAAAGAAGAAGAUGCUACUCUUUCCUCACCCGCUGUAGUCAUGCCUACCAUGGGCCGUUAGAAACGAGUUUGUCCCAGAUUCAGUCCAUCCUAAGUCACCUCCCUUUAUUCUUGACCACCUUCACUUGCCAACUUUGCUCAGAUCAGAUCCCUGGAAAUGGAAUACCUUGUAACUAAAAUCUUUCUCAGGACCAUGAGUCAUUGCAAAGUUGCUAUAGGGAGACUCCUGGUGUAACUCUGAAACCAGAUUUUCACUUACUCUUCAUUCUUCUCGUUUGAGGUAGCUGUUGUGAACUGUGAAAUGCUUAUCUGGAAUGAGAGCUUAGACCUGUUUUCUAAAAAUUCUCCCCUUUUCUGAUGACUUGAACAGAAGACUAGUGUUUGUAAAGAAGAUCUUCCGUAAUUGGAAGAGGACUGCUUGGAUGAGGAAAUAGCAUACAAAUUCACCCUUUGGUUGACUCUCAGACACAGCCCUACGUAAUUGCCAGGGGGGAUACCCCUCUGCCAGGCUUUCCUGAGCCUCUCACCCCACACUACACAAGAUACAGUCCAUUACUACUUAUGCUGCAGUUGUGACAACUGCUUCUUUCUUUUUGCUAAAUGCCACUUUGUCCUAGUGAUUCAUGACCACUAAUUCUAUCCUUGUCUCUGUUCCUACUUCUUAAAAUCACUUCUCAAGGAUACCUCAGUAUGCAUUGGCGAAAUUGAUGUUUUGUUGUGUGUGCCAAAUGUUAAAUUUCAGGGUUGCUGCAGCAAUCAUUAAUUAACGAUUCAGUCAUUAACUCAGAUGCCAAUAAGAAAACCAUUUCAAAAGUUAUUUUAGUCCCAGAAAUCAAGGGAUGUUUGCUUUAAGCAAGUCUAACCUGAUAGUUUUUGCCGAAUGUUUUAUGUUGUUCUUUCCUCUUGCAUUUCUCAUUAAUUAAACUUUUUAAUAAAAGAAUCCUUAAUAUAGAAUAAUUGACUAGGGUCUAAGAAUGUUAAAGCUUUUCACGACAGAUUUAUUUUGCUACCAUUAAUUCAACUGUGUCUUUAUGCUUGUUUCUUUGAUGUAGCUAAACUUUAAGUCAAAUAGAUAUGGAAGUGCUAAAAAGAAUAGCUUCUGUCUUUUUGUUCUACAUCCCGAUUGAAUCCUAUCUUUCUGAUACAGUUUUCACCCAGUGAGCUAGGUGGAGCCUUCUGGCUCUGAUAGAGUAAGUAAUCUCAGGUCCUCAGC